AUGCCAUCCAGCCAGCAUCACUCGCCAUCAGCACUCAUCAAGCGAUCGGUCACCAGCAACGCCGCCGGAUCGACACCGGCGGCGCUGUCGAACGACCCCCAGCAUGGCCAGCCCAAGCUCUACGGCGUCACCUACGUCCCGCCGCUCAAAAUCACCCGUCAACAUACCAAGCGAGGAGACUACGGUCUCUACGACGGUCUGAAAGUCCGCGCAGGCGAUAAUGUGUCCAAAUCGAAACACCGCACUAAACGCACCUGGAAACCUAACGUCCAGAAAACGAAGCUGUGGUCGGAGGUCUUGGGACAGUCGUUACAGUUGCGGGUGACCUCGGCGGCGCUGAAGACGAUCGACCGGAUGGGCGGGCUGGACCGCUACGUGCUGCAGAUGAGUGAACAGCGGCUGGGCGGGAUGGGACUGCGGAUCCGGGACCUGGUGAUCGCGGCGAUGCAGGAACGGGUGCGUCUGACGAAGGCCUUCAGCCGCCCGGUGCCGCCCGACCAGGCCUGGCGGAUCCCCCGCUGGCAGGACGCCUGCGAACGCACCAGCCACGCCGCCGUCCGCACUAUGGUCCCCUCCCUCGACACCACCCGCGUCACCGUCUUCCCUCGCCUCGCUACCCCUAAUCCCGACGGCUCUAUCGAUCCUAAUAUCUUGCAUGACUUCCAUGUCCGUGGUAAAAAAGGCUCCCAGACUUCUAGACGCUCCACCCAUCCUCGUCGUUGA